AUGAAUUGGAAUUUUUUAAGAGAAAUACUUACAAGCAAUCCAGAGGUAGAUGUAGAGGAGAAAGGUGUUAAUCAUGAGAAACUUUUAUCAGAAGUUAAAAAUCUAAAAAUAAAUGAUUUUACUGAAGCAAAAAAUAAGGUUGAAAGAAUUUAUAAAGAUUUGAACUUUCAUGAAAAAAUUAUAACUGAUUUGGUAAUUGGACAAAAACUUAAUUCGUUUAAAUUUGAAGAAACUAAAACAGUUGAACUACCUGUGACUAUGAAAAUACCCAAUUGGAAUAAGGUAAAAAAUAGAGUGUGUGUUGGUUUUAAUAUGAAAAAGGUUUCAAAGAUAAUUGAAAUUAACAAGGAAACCGGGGAUGGUGAAAUUAAUAUAAAUAAUGAUGAAAAAGAUUUUUAUUAUUUUAAAAAAAUUUUUAUUAGAUAUUAUGAAGACUUUUAUGUUUUGAUUGAAAGAUUGAAUGAGGAAUCUAAAGAAAUUUAUAGUUAUGAAGAAAAAAAAAGUAUUAAAAAUCCUUCUCAUGAAAAAUUUGAAAGUUCACUUUUAAAGUUAGUAUCAAAAACAAUUCGAAUAUGUAUUAUAUGUAAUUUUUUAAGUUAUAAUGAAAAAGAAUCUAAGAAAUUUAUUAAGAGUAUUAGAAAUUUCAUGUCAACAGAUAUUAAUGAUUUUAAUUUAGAACCUUUUAAUUUUAUUAUUGAAAAAUUUGAAAAAUUAAAUGUGUGUUUUAUUAGUGAAGAAAACUAUUUUAUUGAUGUAAACACUAAAAAAAUGUUUUACGAGAACAUCAAUAUUUUAAAUGGUAAUAUUAAGCACCUUUUUAUUACAAUUAAAAAUUAUUUUAAUGAUUUAAAAAAGAAUGAUGUGUUUGAAUUAACGUAUGAGUAUUUAAAAAAGAAUAAUUGUUUGGUUAUAAAACCCUAUUUAGAUAUUUUUUAUUCACAAGAUAAUGUUAAACAAAAUGAUCUUAUAACUUCAGAAAUUUUUACUACUUCAAGUAUUAUAUUAUCUUCUUUAGAUUUUAUAGUACAUGAAUUGCCAAUUGAAAAUAAGAAAGUGUUUAAAAAAAUUAAUAUUUUUAUUGAAGAUAAACCAUUUAAUGUUAUACAAUUUAAACAUAAUCAAUACAUGAUAAAUAAAAAAAUUAAGUUUAAAGAAAUUGAAGCUUUAAUUUUGAAUGUUGGAUUGUUUUGUAAUUUAAUUAACUAUGAAGUAAAUAAUAUUACAUUUAUUAGAUUAUUAUUAGAAUAA